CAUGCGAGCGACGUUUUGGGUGGCCGCCGCUCCCGGCGCUGCAUGCUAUUGUUCUGUUGGCGCAGUGGUCAUGGACAUCGUGCUGUUAAAAACGAAGAAGGGAUGACUUGUACUGUCGUUGUGCGACGAUGCACAGGAGAAGUCAGGAAUGCUCAGAAAGAAGUUCAGGCACUUGAGAGUUGAGACUCACUCAGUCACUAGCAAGUGCCUCGUCACAUGGCAGCGGCAGCGCUAGCGGCGUGGUGGUGGUCUCUGUCGCUCCUGGCUACCAUCGUCGGCGGAGGCAGCGCCUCACCGUCACCGGUGCCCGGCUGCUACACGCGCAUCUUCAGCUUCGGCGACUCGCUGACCGACACGGGCAACUACGUCCACCUGACGGCGAGCAGCCACAGCCCCUACGGCGCGCCGCCGUACGGGAGGACGUUCUUCGGCAAACCUACCGGCCGCGCCAGCGACGGACGCCUCGUCAUCGACUUCAUCGCGGAAGAGUUCGGGCUGGCGAAGGUGACGGCGAUCCAGGCGGGCACGGCGCCAGGGGACUUCCAGAACGGCGCCAACUUCGCCAUCAUCUCGGCCACCGCCAACAACGGCUCCUUCUUCGCGGGCAACGGCAUGGACAUCAGGCCCUUCUCGCUGGACACGCAGAUGCUGUGGUUCAGGACCCACCUCCGCGAGCUCGUGCAGGCGGCGGCGGCGGCACAGCAGAACGGCAGCGUGGGCGCGCUGCUGAGCGGCGCGCUGGUGGCGCUGGGCGAGAUCGGAGGGAACGACUACAACUUCGCCUUCUCGCGGGGCGUGCCGCGGGACGCGGUGCGCAGGUUCGUGCCGGCCGUGGUGGACAAGCUGGCGGGCGCCAUGGAGGAGCUCAUCGCCAUGGGGGCGCGCGCCUUCGUGGUGCCCGGGAACCUACCCUUCGGCUGCACGCCGCUGUACCUGCAGCGGUUCCGCGCCAACGGCGGGUGGUGGGACUACGACCCGGCCACGGGCUGCCUCGCCUGGUUCAACCGCUUCGCCCAGUACCACAACCGGGUGCUCGCGGCGCGCCUCGACAGGCUCCGGCGCCUGCACCCGGACGUGACCAUCGUCUACGCCGACUGGUACGAGGCCACGAUGAGCAUCUUCCAGGACCCCGGGAAGCUAGGGUUCACAAACGCUCUGCGGACUUGCUGCGGGAACCAGACCGUGCCGUGUGGCAGGCCCGGGUGCUCCGUCUGCAAGGACCCGUCCACGUACGGGUCCUGGGACGGGACGCACCCGACGGAGGCGGUGUACAAGGUGAUCGCCGACGGGGUGCUGCACGGGCCGCACGCGUCCCCUGUUCCUCUCGCCGACACCUGUCCUCCGACAUGACCCUUAGAAGAUUUAUAAUUGGCAGCUUUAAGAGCGGUGGUAACAUCUGAAUCGUACUUGCGUGAUUUUAAGGAUGGCACGAUAAUAGCUUUGUUUAAGAAUACAGGUGAGGUUGGCAUAUUUCGAUAGCAUAAGCAUACACACGAAGCUCUGAAGUGAUAAUUGAGUUUGUAUAAACAUCAUCAUUGAUUUAGGGGGUGUUUGGUUAGAGGGACUAAAGAUUAGUCUCUAGUUUUUAGUCUCUUUUAGUCUCUUUUUUACCAAACAUUAGGACUAAAAUAUGAACUAAAAUGAUUUAGUCUGUAGUCCUUCACAUAUGUGCUAAAAGGGACUAAACCAUAUUAAUUCCACAUUUACCCUUUAUUUAGUUCAAUUGUACUAAUAGUAGGAGAAUGUUAAAGGCUAUUUUAGUCU